AUGCCGGACUACGUAACGGGACCUUGGUCAAUACCUGAUAUUGUUUGCUUGUCCAUCCUUGGACCACUUGUCCUUGCAGCGUUCCUUGAGUCGUUCCUAUGGGUUGCAGCUUUCUGCUAUUGCCUGGUGAAGGCAUAUCAAAAGGCGGAUCACUGGUCACAGAAGGUUCUAUGUGUCAUCAUGACUAUAGCUUUCUUCCUGCUCAGAGGAAUAUUUGUACCAGUGAUGAUCGCCACCUUACCUCUACCUUCUCGCAUUACACAAUACUUCCCAGGUCCGUUUGUGAACUUCCUUCAACAGUUUGCCUUCUACAGCUUUGCCGCCAUGCUUAUUGUGCCUUGGCUGUUCUGUGUAUACCGGCUUGUUAUUCUACCGCUGGGACGUCGAAAGCUCAUCAAGUAUCCUCUCAACGAACGAACUGCACCCAAGGUGGUUGUGGUCAUGCCUGUCUACAAAGAACCUCCGGAGUCCUUAUUGAAGGCUCUGAACUCUGUGGUAGAUUGUGACUACCCUGCUGCUUGCAUCCAUGCGUUUGUGUCAUUUGACGGAGACAACAUUGAUGAACUCUACCUCAAUACCAUUGAUCGGCUAGGCAUUCCAGUGACUUUGAAGGACUUCCCGAAGUCAAUCGAUGUGGCUUAUAAUGGUGCGAGGGUCACCGUUUCUCGCUUCCCACACGGAGGCAAACGACAUUGUCAGAAAGCGACCUUUCUCCUUAUCGACAAAAUUUACAAGCGGUACUUGCAGCAUAAAGAUGACCUCUUCAUCUUGUUCAUCGAUUCGGACUGCAUCCUGGAUCCUGUAUGCAUACAAAACUUCAUGUACGACAUGGAAUUGAGACCUGGAAACAAACAUAACAUGCUGGCAAUGACUGGAGUCAUAACUGCCUGCACCGAGAAGAAUUCGUUCCUGACCAUUCUGCAGGAUAUGGAAUAUGUUCAUGGUCAAUUGUUCGAGAGAUCGGUUGAAUCAGGCUGUGGUGCUGUCACUUGUCUUCCGGGAGCCCUCACUCUUCUCCGGUUCUCGGCUUUCCGAAAUAUGGCCAAAUACUAUUUCUCUGACAGGGCGGAAGAGUGUGAAGAUCUGUUCGACUAUGCAAAGACUCACCUGGGGGAAGAUCGAUGGCUGACUCAUCUUUUUAUGCUCGGUGCCAAAGAACGUUAUCAAAUCCAAUUGAGCACCAGCGCUUUUUGCAAGACCGAAGCAGUACAAACACUUCGCUCGCUCUUGAAACAAAGACGUCGUUGGUUUCUAGGUUUCAUCACAAACGAGGUCUGCAUGAUGACCGAUGCUCGGUUGUGGAGAAAGUAUCCAUUACUGUGUCUCCUUCGGUUCAUGACGGUCACCGUGAGGACGACAGCUUUGUUGUUUCUGAUCACAAUCAUAUCGGUGGCCACUACAUCAAGCCGUGUCGAUCAGUUGCCAUGGGAGUUUAUGUGUAUCUCCUGCGGUUUGAACUGGUUGUUGAUGUUUUAUUUUGCAAUCAAAUUGCAUCGUUGGAAGGCACUUUUAUAUCCGCUCAUGUUCACCAUCAAUCCUUUCAUGAACUGGGUAUACAUGGUGUAUGGAAUCUUCACCGCUGGCCAAAGAACCUGGGGAGGUCCUAGAGCGGAUGCCGGUGCUGCAGAUGCACAAGUCACCCCUCAGGAAGCCAUCGAACAUGCCAUUGCCACGGGCGAUGACUUGAAUGUUGUACCCGAGACGUUCAAGCCAGCAAUGGAAGUUCGACGACGACGUACUCGGCCAUCUCUACUUCUACCAUCGCCAAGUAUUGAGGGACGUUUUGCACCACCAGAGCAGGAGUGGAAGGAAAAGGAGUCGAUCUUAGCAAGCCCUUCAGAUGGGAAAUUUGAGACAAGCUUUGCGACAUAUCCGCAGCGAACGAAGCAAGACUCUCUUGACUUGAGUGACUCUGAAGGUAUGUCUAUCCAUACUCCUCGACAAAUGACCAGUCUAUCUGGGCUCGACGAUGCAACGAUUUCAGCCAUCACUCAAGACCGGCCAGCAGCCUUGUCAAGUGAUCACGAGGGUCGAAGUGCAGCCACAACAUUUCCCAAACAAUUCGCCUGUGAAUCUGGGUCAGACAAGCAAACCCAACUCUAUGAUCGCAGUCCUUUGGGACGUAUCAGUCCGGUGGUUGCGAUGCCAGUGGACGAAGACGUACCCCGUUUGUACGAAGGACUGCGAAGGCAUAGCAAUGAGGUGGAACAGGUCUGGCACAAGACAUCGCAGCAAAAGCGGCUGCGAAUGAGAAGUACGACCCUUGCCAAUAUGGUUUGA